AUGUCUUGUAAUAACCAUCAUCUCAAAAGUGAAGGUGUGAUUUCUACCUAUGAAGUGAAGGAAUACGUUGUCGUUGGAAGCCACAUGGUAGAAAAAAUAUUUCUUGUUUAUUUGAAUAAAGAUGAAUUUGAAGUGAAGUGCACCUGUGCAUUGUUCAAAUUAAGAGGCAUCUUAUGCAGGCAUUCUAUUUCUGUGUUAGUGACAAAGAAAGUGUACUAUCUGCCACCAAAAUAUUUUAUUGAUAGAUGGAGGAAGGAUAUAAAGCGAGAAAACUCUAUGAUUAAGAGUAGUUUUGAUGCUUGUGGUGAUAAUCCUAAUGUUAAAAUACAUGACAAGAUGAGAAGGACUUUUGAAGAAUUGGUACCGCUCACAUCAGAAAACAUGGAACAUUGCAUGGAUGUGAUGAAAAAUAUUGAUAAGUUAACAGAGAAAUAUCGUGCCUUAAAGCUUGUGCCCAAUCACUCUUCCCAUCACGCUCCAGUUGCUGUCUCAUCUUCGAGCUGUAAUGAAGUCGUUAAAGAUAAUAAAAAGGUGCUUAGUCCUAUUAAGGUUAAGCGUAAAGGAAAGCUACGGUCAAAGCGAAAGGUGCCUGUUAUAGAAACAGUGGCCAAGAAGAAAUGA